ACCAGGUUAAAAAUAAAGAUGGACGCCCCCAUGUGUAAUAGUACUCUUGAAUUAUAAACUUAAGUUUUUAGCUUACUUCAAAAUGCUUAGGCUGAAGAGCAACAAAACAGGAAAUGAAAAAAACAAACGUUAUAGUGAUACGCUUAAUCUUCCACGAACCGCCUUUCCGCUAUCAAUGAAACAGGGAAUAAUAUCCAAAAGAGAAAUAAACAUCCAAGAAGCUGCAGAAUUCGAUCAGUUGUAUGCUUGGCAAAUGGGCGACAGUCGGUCAAGAACUUUCUGUCUUCAUGACGGACCUCCAUACGCGAAUGGGGAGGUACAUGUGGGUCACGCUCUAAAUAAGAUUGCCAAAGACAUCACGUCUAGAGUAAAAUUAUUACAAGGUUAUAAAGUUCAUUAUAAACCCGGAUGGGACUGUCACGGAAUGCCCAUAGAACAAAAAGCGUUAGCAGCAAUUAAGUCUGAACAUUCUGAACUAUCACCCAUGCAAAUAAGACAUACUGCUGAAAAAUUCGCCGGUAAAACUAUUGAAAGACAAAAAGCAGCUUUCAAAAGAUGGGGAGUCAUGGCCGAUUGGAACAAUGAAUGCUAUUUUACUUUUGACAAAGAAUACGAGGCUAAACAAUUAGAUUUAUUUUACGACUUAUACGAAAAGGGACUGAUAAAAGAAGACUACAUGCCUGUUCAUUGGUCACCUUCAUCUAAAACCGCUUUGGCGGAGGCGGAAUUGGAAUAUAAUGAAAAUCAUGUCAGUAAAUCUGUAUAUGUCAGAUUUCUUAUAGAUAAUAUAAAAGAAAAUAUCCAAUGCGAGAACUUAAAUAUUUAUGCCCUAAUUUGGACGACGACCCCGUGGACUUUACCUUCAAAUAAAGCUAUUUGUUUUGGGUCUAAUAUAAAGUAUUGUUUAGUAAGGGAUAACAAGGAAGACGUUUUGUAUAUCGUUGCUGAAAGUUGUUUAGAAAAGAUGCAAACAAUAUUCAACAAUAGACUGGAGAUUAAAGACUCCUUUCCCGGUUCAGUAUUAAACGGAGCUACAUAUAAACAUCCACUAUUUAAAGAUAUCAAUUUUCCAAUGUUACCAUCUAAUCAUGUAUCGGUUACUAAGGGAACUGGCUUAGUUCAUACAGCACCUGCCCAUGGACUUGACGAUUUCCAUCUAGCCGUUCCCCAUCACUUGUCCGUAGAGUGUUUUGUUGAUGAACUGGGAAGAUAUACUGAACAAGUUGGAGAAGAAUUGAACGGGAAACAUGUAUUAAAAGAAGGAAAUUCUGCAGUUAUCGACUUAAUGAGAUCGGAUAUACUUGCUGAAGAGGACUAUAUUCAUAGUUAUCCUUAUGAUUGGAGGACAAAAGAGCCAACGAUCUAUAGAGCUAGUAGACAAUGGUUUAUUAAUAUCGAAAAUAUAAAAUCAAAAGCACUCGUAAGUAAACAUUUACUAUUAAUAUUGGAAGAUGGUUUUGUAGGUAUAUGGGGAGAAGGGAUUGAAAAAAGAAAUAUUAACAUAGAAAAUUGAACAGGGUUUUAUGUCUUUUAUAUAAAACUUAGAAUGUCGAAUUUAUCAUAUUUAUCCUUGUAAUAGUUUAAAGGUGGUUCUUGUCUAUUUCUUUCGCAUUUAAAGUGUUUUUUACUUAAUUCUUCAAUUCUUUUCAUUUUAAAUUCUUGUUCGGCAUUCUUAAAAUUUGAUCUCUUACGAAACUGUUGCGACAACCUUAGAUAGAAAUACCAUAUGUAAUGGAGCAAUUUUCUUAUGAAAGAAUACCAAAGGUAUUUAAAUGGAUUCUUAAGAAUGUAUAAUGGAUCCUCCCCCAUUUUUGUUACGUAAUAUAAAUAUUCUUUGUCGGCAUCUUUUAAGUCAUUAAAAUCGUUCAUUGAGGAAUUUUGUUUAGGAAUUGAAGUAUACAACUUCUGUCGAACUCUUACUGAUAGUUUAUAAAUGUCUUCUUCGGCUUUACUCCAUAAAACUUCUUUAUCUAACAGUAUGCGAAUCCUAUCCAAAACUAAUGAUGAUUUACUUUUGCUUAGUUUACUAACAGCCGAUUUCGCAACUGAUGGUAUUCGAUUUAGUUUUAAUCUUGACUUUGUUUCGUACUUUCCAAGUGAUAGUUUAGACACUACUCGCCUGCCGAUCUUAUUGAGUGACAACUGGGAGAAACUUUCACUUGCCCCUGACAGUUUAUCAACAGCUUUGUCUAUAUAGCCAAUUUGAACAUCGCAAAAUUGUAAUAGGGAUAGGAAAAAUAAUAGGGGGAGUAGCAUGAUGAUAACGGAAGUGAACCAAUACUUUUUCAUAAAGUCGUUUAAACUAGUAGGUCCAGUUCCUAGUAAAAGAUUUGCUAAAAUGAUCAGAGGGCCAUCUGGUGUUGGAUCACGACAAUAAGAUAACAUAUCGCAAACACCGUUUGACUUAUUACAACUAAAACCAAUUGGUUUGUAAAGUACUGCCACGUUGCCAACGACCUUGCGAAUCUGUUUAAAUUCUUGGAAAUUGGCUAGAACUUCAUGCGUUAAUACAACGCAGUCUCCCUUCUUAUUUAGGCAGCUUAUCUGACACAAAACUUUGUGACUGUUUCGAUCGGUUAGAGACAUUGUACAAGGUUGACUUUCAGCUAACAAGCAUAAUGAUCCCGUACAAUUUCCAUCUUUGCAUGUAGCCCUAUUACCAUUACAAGUGGUCUCUAUAUUUGGCUUUCUAAUCUGAUGUGGACAGAUAGCAUUACUUCCGCUGAAACGUAUAAAACAUAUAUGCAAUUGUAGCUACUAAUCUUAAUUAGUCAUAAUGACUGAUAUGAGUCAAAACCUGCAAUCUGCCCUAUAUAAGCAUUCCGUUUCUUCUUUGCAUAAAGACCCAAUGGCCUUGAAUUGACACGUGCCAGGAUCACAACAUUUGCCCUGAGAAACACUACAGUUAGAAUAUGGUCUAAGUUUACAUGAGUUUUUAUUAUCUUGAUGUUGAGAUCUUAUUGACAAGCGAGGAUUGCAACACUUUGAAUCGACAAUACAAUCUGUUUCAUAACCACAAUCACAUUCCUCAUCACCUUCUAUUAUACCAUUACCACAAGUCUUUUCGUCAAGGCCUUUUAAACAAUUACUCCUGCUAAUGCCCUCCGCUGUUAACGAUGUUAAUAAUACCCUUCUAAGAAUCUUCGCAAUGAGUUCUUUACUACAGGAACUAAAUUUGACAUUAUUCGGUUGGUUUCCGUGAAGCGACAGCUGCCACAUUAUAUAUCUCCCAUCUUCAUUACCGGAGCAUGUAGAAUAUUUCUCAUCGUGGUUAGCCCCAAAAUUAUGCCCCAAUUCAUGCGUAAAUGUUAUUCUACUGAAUAAGGGAGCCUGUAAUUUUCCAUAAAGAACUCUGGUGGAAACACCUGUAUUCAUUGUUGCUUUGCCAAUAAGUCCUAUAUAAUCAUUAUAGCAUUCUUUAUAUUUACCGCAAAUUCCUGCUUGAGAGUCGUCUAAGAAUUUGUAAGAAUGAUAAAAAUGAUAAUGUACAAGUUUUUUUGUGUGUUUUUUUUUGCUAUUAAAAAAAAGUGUAUGAGACAAAACCUUCGUUUCUUGCAGUAAACGCUAAUCCCAUUGUCGAAUCUUCAAAUUGCCUCAUUGUAAAUAGGUGAACAAGGCAGAAUUCUUCAUUAUUUGCUAGAGAAAUCUCACGAAGAAUAGGUUGAAUUGCUAGAUUCUUUCGACAAUAUAGAAGUUUAGGCGAUUUUUGACAGAUCCUUGAUGUAUUCAUUGAUAAUAAUCGAGGCUUUAUUUGAAUGUUAGUUGUCGAAAAGCCACGAGUCGCGAAUGUUUCCUUUCUAUACCAAUCAUUGGCGGAUUUGAUAGAGGAAAGCAUAUGGAAAUAAACUUCUUGAGUAGCUUCGGAAAAACUCUAAUAUUUGUUAAGAAAGUCGAUUGUACAAGUAUUUCAUAACCCCUUAUUACGUAAUUACCAUAGCAUUCUGUUUCAUGUAAUAAUCGUGCGCGGUAGGAUCACUAAUCAAUCUCAUGUAACAUACUUUCGGCUCACUUUUAUUGGUUCUACGUCUUUCCGCCCCUUCAUUGUCUGUUCUGGUUGCAUAAUAGACAGAUUUUCUCUUCGGAAAGGCGGCUCUCUUUAACCGUAUCUGAUUUCGUCUGUAAAUGAAUUCACUUUAAUCACAAUAGCAUAAAUACUUAAUUUUUUAUAG